CCCGCGUCCCCACGGCUGACCGACACGAGCCGGGUAACUAGCUGCCGCCGCCCGGACGCGAGCCAGAGGCAGAGCUGGUCCGCACGCCGCAGCCAUGGGGAACCGCGUGUCCCGAGAGGAGUUCGAAUGGGUCUACACGGACCAGCCCCACGCCGCCCGGCGCCAGGAGAUCUUAGCGAAGUAUCCAGAGAUAAAAUCCUUGAUGAAGCCCGACCCUAACCUGAUCUGGAUCGUAACCGCAAUGCUUCUCGUCCAGUUGGCUUCGUUUUACUUGGUCAAAGACUUGGACUGGAAGUGGCUCAUGUUUUGGUCCUAUGCCUUUGGCAGCUGCCUAAACCAUUCCAUGACUCUGGCUAUCCAUGAGAUUUCCCAUAACUUCCCCUUCGGCCACCACAAGGCCAUGUGGAACCGCUGGUUUGGAAUGUUCGCGAACCUCUCUCUCGGGGUUCCAUAUUCGAUUUCCUUUAAGAGGUACCACAUGGAUCAUCACCGGUACCUCGGGGCGGAUGGCAUCGAUGUGGAUAUCCCUACCGAUUUUGAGGGCUGGUUCUUCUGCACCACUCUCAGGAAGCUUGUCUGGGUUAUCCUUCAGCCUCUCUUCUAUGCGUUUAGACCCCUGUUCAUCAACCCCAAGCCAAUUACCCAUCUGGAAAUCAUCAAUACUGUGAUCCAGAUCACUUUUGACAUCCUCGUCUACUAUGUUUUUGGAGUGAAGUCUCUAGUCUACAUGUUAGCAGCCUCCCUGCUCGGCCUGGGCUUGCACCCAAUUUCGGGGCAUUUCAUAGCCGAACAUUACAUGUUCCUAAAGGGACACGAAACAUACUCCUACUAUGGGCCUCUGAACUUACUCACCUUCAAUGUGGGCUAUCACAACGAACACCACGACUUCCCCAACGUUCCUGGGAAAAACCUGCCCCUGGUGAGAAAAAUCGCAAGUGAGUACUAUGAUAACCUCCCGCACUACAACUCCUGGAUCCGAGUGCUGUAUGACUUUGUGAUGGACGACACAAUAAGUCCCUACUCACGGAUAAAGAGGCCCCCGAAAGGGAAUGAGAUUCAGGAGUAAAUGCCAUCACAGCCAAAGGAAUUCCUGUCCACAGCUUCAGAAAGGAGAUAAAGUGGAGCUUUCCUCUCGUUAAGGUCAGUGAUGCUCAGAAGCCGCGCUGACAUAAUUUCCGACUAGGAUCUCGGUGUCAUCAGAGGCUCCUCGGCCUUCAGACAGCCAGAACUCACGCUCGCUCGCAGCCGCACGCCUGCUCACCGUACUCACGCAACGUAUGACUGUUACUGAGGCGUCCUCACUCAUGUCUGUCCUGCUGCAAGCAAAUCAUAAAAGCUUAUGUUACUUUUCACUGUAAGGUUUUACUUUAUUAAAGCCCCUAAUAAACUGAACUGUUAAUCAUA